AUGCCUCUAGAUAGAUGGUACAGAAUCCCUAAACCAGCCACAAGCACCCAGAGCAAUAGCAGGGACACCAUCAUCUGCUUCCAGCAGAGCCAGGACCGAUUGGCCUUCAUGGCGGCCAUCCGCAACAGGUCACCCUUACAAUUUGAGGAACACUCUUUAACAUUUUUUCCUGACUUAUCCAGAGCUACCCUGGAUUGGGGUAGACUCAUUGCCCGUAAAAUAUCGUACCGCUGGGGAGCGCCGAGAAGCCUAAUCAUACCAAAGGAACAAGGCAACUUGAAACUCACCAAUGCUGCUGAAAUACCCGGUAUAAUGCAGGCCCUUGGACUGCCCGAGCAAAAGGUUGCAUUACUAUCUCAGCCGACACCUUCCACUACUACUCACUGGGACCCAGGGAAGGUGCGCCCAUUCGUACCUGCGGCCCUCCGAGGAAACCCAUCGUCACCCUCAGGGUCAUGA